UAUCAAAAUGACAUAGUGGUAAACACAGUAAGUCGAGCCACAAAAAGUGUCCAUCAGAUGAACUCACAGCCAGCUGACGGCGGGAAAAAAAGGACAUGAAUAAUAAAGUUGAAUUCAGAUCCUCCAGACUUUAUGUCCAGCACCUGAACAUGUUCGUCUGAGCUGAGGGACUUCAUGGUUUUUUUCUUACACUAACUGUGUGUGUGUCUGGUGAAGUCUCAGAGUCUGCCACACAAAUCUGCUUGACUCGGGGGUGGGGGGGGGGGACUCCCAGGCUACUGUAAGUUUCGCUCUGGAAUAAAGCCGACGGUAGCUUUCCCCAGAGAAGUAAUCGACUUUCCCUUCAGAGCUGGAGGCACGGCAUUGCAAAGACAGUGACACUGGACGAAGGCUAUGUCCUGAGGGGAGAGCAGGACUUUGCUUCAGUCAGCAGUUUGUGAAGCCUGCGCUCUGCUUGGGUCUUCCCAUUUUCUGGACGUACCUUAAGGACAUGCACUCGAAAGGCUGACAGCUUUUUUUUGUUUUAAUGGCAAUGUGGAUGCUAACAGGCAUUUUGCGCUCCUUCUGGAAAACCAUUCAGUUGUGAGACUACUGACUCAAGGAAAGGCGCCGCCAUGGAGGGUCUUGCGCAGCUUGACAUGGUGGGCGAUAUCAGCCCGGCUCUUGAGGCCACAGAGGACUUUAUCCACUGCAUGGAUGGGAUACAAGGCCAAGGUCCGAGCCAGGCACAAACAGGGACCCUCCAGCCCUCCAGGCCGCAGAAGCAGCUGCACGAGGUGUCCAGUGCAGCGCUGGGGAAGCUGAGCUCCAGCGGUGUGUGGGGUCUGCUGGCUGGAGAGCAGCCAGAGGUAGGGCCCCUCGGUCUGGCCUGGGCUGACAACUUCAGCGUGUUGGGGCUGGGGAUGGGCCUCAGGCAUGGAAAGAGGAGCCGAGCGCGAUCCACCAACGACCUGGCAGCUCACUCCAAGGAGUGCACCAACAACGCCGCUAACUCCUCAACCAACUCAGCCUUCAAGAAAGGCCACAACCGGUCCAGGUCAGAUGUCCACUACCGGCCGUCUGCAUUCACAGACAACUGUCUGCCCACCGUGGACUGCAACACGCUGAAGAACAUGAUCCUCAACCACGGGGCAGAUAAAAGCAGCAGCAGCAGCACUGUGGUGAAGCAUGGUGCGAUGGAGCAGCGUGAGGGUCCCCGGGGCCGUUGGACAGCCUGCCACGUCGAGCUGACACCCUGCGAGCUCCGGCUCUACACUCUGGACAGCAGCGCCAACCGGCAGCUGGGAACCGCCUACUCUCUGUCACACUGCCAGAGCGUCAUCUCGCCAGCUCCCUGCAGCCAGCCGGGCCAGAUCACCCAGCCCGCCGAUCAACGCACGCUGCAGGCUUUGUUCUUCAACAGCACGCGUCUCCAGCUGAGGGCGGCCAGCCAAUGGGAGGCGAUGGAGUGGAGGCGGUUGAUGUGGGAGAAGGUGCAGGCAGUCAGACCUGUGAGGCAGGAGAACCGCCAGCGUAAGAGUGGAUCAGAACACCAACCGGUUGUAAAGUUUCAUGCGCCCAUGUCCCCCUCUUCAUCGCCGUCUCCUUCAGGGCUCGACACCAGGCCUGAUGGAGACAGCGACACCCCCACCUCCGCAGAGGCGUUGCUCUCUCAGCAGUCUCUUCCUGGUGUCCUGAGCAGACCCACCACCCUUCCUUUGUUCACCCAGCGCUGCCAGGACGUCCUCAAAGCUGGUCUGCUCCACAAGCUGAUGGAUCAGAACAACUGGAGAGCCUUCACCUUCGUCCUGACUAGGUCUGCUCUCCGGGCCUUUGCCACAGAGGGCCGAGGGUCUGUGUCCCAGCCUUUGCUUCAGUACUCUCUGUCCUCCUGCUCGGCUGUGCAGCACGAUCAGGAGCCAGAGAACGGAGAGCAAUGGACGGAUAGAGGUGAUAGUUUCCAGGUAGUUUUCCCGAAAGAGGUGCUCCGACUGCGGGCAGAUGAUCAGAUCAAGGCUCAAGAAUGGGUGGAGGCCCUGCAGGAGGCAGUCGGAGCGCAGAGGCCCGCCCGAGAAGAGGAAGGAGGACCGGGGGAAGGAGCUCCAGGCCUCCAGGGGGUGCUAUUGAGAUCGAAACCAUCCAGAGAGAGGAGACAGAGGGAUGCCCAGAGAGCCAAGAGGCAGUCAGUCACCACCAGUUUCCUCAGUAUUCUCACCUGUCUGGCUGUGGAGAAGGGGCUCACCGCUCAGAGCUUCAGAUGUGCAGGUUGUCAGCGUCCGGUUGGUCUCUCCAGAGGGAAGGCGAAGGUCUGCUGCUACAGCGGCUGGUACUACUGCCACAGCUGCCAUCAGGACAACUCCUUCCUCAUCCCAGCACGCCUACUCCGCAACUGGGACACCAGCAAGCACAAGGUGUCCAAACAGGCCAAGGAGUUCCUGGAGUUUGUGUACGAGGAGCCCCUGCUGGACGUCCAGCAGCUCAAUCCCUGUCUGUACGAGCACUGUGAGGCUCUCAGCACUGUGCUGCGUCUCCGUCAGCAGCUCCAGUCGCUGCGGGCCUACCUGUUCAGCUGCAGAGCGACUGUGGCUGAGGACCUCAGACGAAGGAUCUUUCCCAGGGAAUACCUGCUACAGCACAUCCACCUUUACUCCCUGGCUGACCUGCAGCAGGUGAUUGACGGGAAACUGGCUCCCUUCCUCGCCAAGGUGAUAAAGUUUGCCAGCUCUCAUGUUUUCAGCUGCAGUUUGUGUCGAGAGAAAGGUUUCAUCUGCGAGCUCUGCCAGAACGGACAGGUCAUCUACCCUUUCCAGGAGAACGCCACCAAGAGGUGUGACGGCUGCGGCGCCGUGUUCCACGCCGAGUGUCGGCUGAAAGCUCAGCCGUGUCCUCGCUGCGUCAGGCGAGAACUCCACCACAAAAGGCCGUCCUCCUUCUGGUCUCCGGACGACGACAGCCCCGGCUGCUUCCACCUGCCCUACCAAGACACCUGAGACACACACACACACACACACACACACACACACACACACACACACACACACACACACACACACACACACACACACACACACACACACACACACACACAUAGACACAGAAGUGCCUGUUUUGCUGAUUUGUGUGUGUCUCUGGAACAAAUUGAGGGAGCAGAGGACGAGCACGGAGUAUCUAAUGGAUCUUCAGGUUUGUGUUUGAGUGGACUAAACAAAUCCUCCCCCCCCCCCCCUUUGUCCUACUGUAAAAAAAAAAGAAGAGGAAGAAAAGCACGCUGCACCAGACUCUACUCUCUCCCUACGAGUAUAGUCAUACAUCACACUUCUAAAUCCUCACCCCUUCAGCACAUCUCUGUUUCUUGUUUCAGGGGUUCAACAUAUCAAAUCACAACUGAUCAGCUGAAACAAUUCAAAGUUAAAGUUGGAACGUUUUCUGGAUUUACUCAAAGCAACGUCUUGCAGCUGCCUCCAAAGUCCCACUGACGUUUAAUAAGAUAACUGUGAAUCCAAGGACAGAAAAUGGAUGAACUUUCUCGCAGAUUAUUCCCAGGGUGCAACUUUUUUCAGGGUUUCAUCUGCUGGUUAACCCAAAAAAAAUGGUCAUUUAAAAAACGCAUCUUGUGUCUCUGGUAACAUGCGACGGGUUUUUAUCUUUGUUAACGGAAUAAUAUGAGGAAACAAACUCACUCAUUAUGAAAGAAGCUUAAAUAAUCUGAAGCCUUGGAGGGACGCGUUUGUUUACUUCUUUACACAGAAAAAAAGCAGCUGCUGUGAUGAACGUGGAUACAUGUCAGGAAAAUAUUUAAGCCUCAUUUUUCCGAGUAUCUGUUAAAGAUUCAUAACUUAUAAGUGUUCAGAUCCUUAUCUUUUUCAUCAUGAAAUUGUGUCUCACUGUCCUGCUCUGUCCAGCGAACCUAAAAAGGGAAUUUUUGUGCAAAAUGCUGCAGCUAUGGAUGGUGAACACUUCAUUUAUCUGACCCUUUUCACUCAUUUAUCUGACGCGUAGAUUCGGUAGGACAACGACAUCCUUUGAAUAUGUAACUCAAACUUCAGGAGAUGUGAUGUGUUCACUGUUAUUAAUAAGUUUAAGAUAACAAGCGUUUCAUCAAUAAGGGGAAAAAAACUGACUGAAGCCUCCUUUCAGUUGGACUUAAAGUCUCGACCCAUGACAUCAUCGCCCCCUCUCUCAGACUACAAACUCAAGUGUGACUCGUAGUCUCUGAACAGUGUCAAGCUUUGAUUUAUUAUUACAUUUAUAUAGAUUUAUACUGCCGCAUCAAAUCUACACGGUGGGUUCAUGUAGCCUGACCUGCACCUCCUCAAAAGUGUGAGUAAAGCCCUGUGAUUGGUCCCCUGGAUAGCAUCUAUUUCCUGCUUUUACAACAUUACGCCGUUUUCAAAAUUCAGCCGAAAAGAAGAACGCUAGACCGCUGUUCAUCAGCUCCAUCUGCAACAUACUACGCUCAGUUUCAGUCGCUAUGAUUUCCUGUGCACAAACAGUCAGAGAAUGAGGCGGAACGGGACACUGGCGGUAUAACUAGCGAGGUAAUCGCACUGCCAAUCACAGGGCGGCGUGUUAGAGAGCAAGUUUGUAGUGCUCACGAUGGUGUAGGCCACUACAGCGUAAAUCAAACUCAGAAGUAUAAAUCAUGCUGAAGACAUAAGAGCUCAACGGAACUCAUACAGGAGGUGUUUAGUUGUAUUUCUGGGAAAUGUAGUUU